CCACGGGUCCAAGAAUCCCCAAACCACCCAAUAUCCCAACCCACCAUGUUCCUCCAACGCACAGCAGUGACAGCUGCCCGCCGCGCAGUCGCCAGCCCCGUAAUCAAGCGCAGCUUUACCACUUCCUUCGUGCGCCGUACGCCCUCCCCGCUCCCCCCGAAAUCCGUAUAGCCUCUAACCCAGAACUACAGGAGAAGCUGCUCCCACGCCGACCAGCGGAUCUAACGAUGGCAAAAUCAAGAAGUUCCAAGGUACGCCCACUACCUGCUGUCUUUCGAGCGAGCGGAGGAGUCAAUGGAGCGAAUUGGGAGCUAAUCAAGAUACCAAACAGACAUCAAGACCGAAGCCGAUCUCAUCCCUCCCGGAGCCGUCCCAGGCACAAUCCCCACCGAUCUCGAGCAGGCAACUGGUUUAGAACGAUUGGAAAUUCUCGGCAAAAUGCAAGGAGUAGAUAUUUUCGAUAUGGCGCCAUUGGAUGCGUCUCGCAAAGGUUCGUUUGAACUACCGGCGAACAACAACUCGCCCAUCAUGGAGCAGGAUGGAUGCAGGACAAGAGAUUGGUGCUCAAUUACUGAUACGAUGACCGUGUAGGCACAAUGGAUAACCCAAUUGCCGUCAAGUCUUUUGGUGAUGAGCAGUACGCAGGCUGUACCGGUUACCCAGCCGAUUCUCACGUCGUAAUUUGGCUCACGGUAUGAUAACUCUCCCUUCUGAUUAUGUGAAAUUACUGGUAGAUUCCUGACUCGCAAAAAGAUGUCCCGCGACCGCCCUAUUGAGCGAUGCCCAGAGUGCGGAAGUGUAUACAAGAUGGAUUACGUUGGGCCAGCAGAUGAUCCACAUCAUGACCACGACCAUGGACACGGCCACGGGUAUGAGGAGCCCAAGACAUUUGCCGAUUUCGUUCGUCCAGAAUACAGAUAGAAGAAUUGUUGCAUGUUUAUGGUCAUCUUGGGAAGGAGAUUGCUUCGCUGGAGUUGCAGAGUACAGCGAGCACAUGUGUGUAGCAUAAGUUAAACUGAAUAAAAGG